AUGUUUAACAGGGACAGCUUUAAGAUGGACUGUAAGCUGAGGUAUGGCCAGGGGAAGUGGUGGAGCGUGCAGCAUGAAGCAUAUGGUAGAAACACAAGUCUUCUUCGCCAUGCCAGUCUUCCACGUGAGGUGGUAUGCACUGAGAACUUGACCCCCUGGAAAAAACUGCUUCCUUGUGACUCAAAGGCUGGUCUGGCAUCACUCUUCAAAGCUGAUAAGUUGUACAAUGCCCAUUAUCAUUCCUUGGCAGUCGAUAUACGACCAGUUUGUCGGUCAGGAAUGAUCCCUUGUAGGGAGUCAGCAGUACAGCUCAGUCAAUCACUGAAUGUUGUCUUUGGACCCUUGGCACAGAACAGACAAGGCACUCGCCAAGAUGUUUCUUUGAGAGUCCUGUUUGGGAAGGUUUUGAGUGGUCCAUGUCCAAUGGCAUCUAGCAGCAGGGUAAUCGUGGAUUUAUCAAAGAAUUAUUCUUCUAACCUCCUGACCCUCAGCCCUCCCCCCUCUGAAACCAUCAUCUCAUCUACUGGGGAGCGGAGCAUUGUUUAUGCUAUCUAUGAUGUCAAGGAAUGGUCAGCAAGAAAAGGCACACUUAAUGUAGCUCUCACCUGGACAAAACAACUCAAUUAUGGAAAUGUUAAAUCACCCCCUCUAUUGGCAUAUCGCUACCUGUCUGGCUAUGGUCAAGAGAAGGGAGGGGUGAGUUGUCUCCUACGGAACAACCUUGACCAACCGUUCAAGGUAAUUUACACUGAGACAUUUCCAUGGUAUAUGAGGCUCUAUUUACACACACUGCAGAUCAGGAUUGGGGACAGAAUUAUUGAACCAGAUAACGUCUUUUACGUGCCUGGUAGAGAUCGGUCCAACCCAUAUCUUCUUGAGGUCGUAUUAACCCUUCCUGCAACCUCUGACAUGACCCUCAAGAUUGACUUUGACAAGGCUUUUCUUCGAUGGACAGAGUACCCACCAGAUGCAAAUAUUGGAUUCUUUAUAAACGAUGGCAGUAUUGCAUCCAAGUUCUUCUUAUGUCUGUAUACAAAGCCUCUGUUAAUCCAGCUACCUACACCAGACUUCAGUAUGCCAUACAACGUGAUCUGCCUUGCAUGUACAGUGGUAGCUAUAGGCUUCGGCUCCCUUCACAAUCUCACCUCCAGGAGGUUUGACUUUGUUGACCAAUCCAGCAGUGUUGGCAGUCUGGGGAUGAAGUUGCUUGCUAAGUUCAGAAAGUUCAGGGAAAGUGGGAAGCGGAGUUAGAAAAGAAAAAAUGGGAGAAGAAAUAUGGGAGAAUGGUGGUAUAAAAGAUUAAGGAGACAAUGACAGGAGAUGAAGGCUUUUGAUGUUUCGUGUUUCUUCAAUAUGAUAUUGGGGUUGUUUGUCUUUAUCCCUUUUAUGAAUCUGUAUCUAUCAUGUAAUGAUUUGAAAUUUAGUUACAUCUGUGAUUUAUUAAAAAGAAAAUGACUCAUUAA